AUGUCCGAGCCAGCGACGCAAUACUACCACCACGGCCGGUUUAAGUUCGCGGGCGGCACGUUGCCCAACGCGAUCACGGCGUACAGGACUGAGCAUGCCGUACCGCCUUUGUCUUCGUGUCCGUGGCAUGCUGAAACGACCUCCCCAGGCCAAGCCUACCUCGUCGGGCAGGGGAAGGCGCUCGACACGACGAAGUACUUUGUGGUGACUUUCGCCCUUUUCUCCAAUGGCGAGUCUAGCUCCCCGUCCAACACCCCUGUCCCGUACAACGGCCCGUACUUCCCCCACGUCUCCUACGAGGACAACAUCCGUGCGCAGUAUGCAGUCCUGACCAAGAAGCUUGGCGUGCAGACGCUGCACAUGGUCGUUGGGUUCAGCAUGGGGGGUCAGCAGGCAUACUAUUGGGCGACCGUUUAUCCCGAGUUUGUCGAAAGAUUCGUGUGCAUAUGCGGAUCCGCGAGGACGAGCCCGCAUAACAAAUGUUUCCUCGAGGGGCCGAAGGCGGCGUUGGUCGCUUCGAAGGAUUUUGAGGGCGGACACUACACGUCGCCUCCGCAGCACGGCAUCCGUGCCUUCGGCCGGGUGUAUAGCGCGUGGGCGUACGGCCAGACGUGGUUCCGCGAGCAGCAGUACUUGCACGUGGGCGGCGAAAACACGUACCCGGACAUGGAGACGUGGAUGCGCGAGAACUGGGAGGGUCGCUUCCUCGCGCGCUGGGACGCGAACGAUAUGCUCACGCUGCUGAAGACGUGGCAGACGGGCGACAUCUCGCUCGUGCGCGAUGGCGGCGACUAUCCGAAGGCCCUCGCGGCGAUCAAGGCCAAGGGGCUCGUUAUGCCCGGCAAGACGGAUCUGUACUUUCCCCCGGAGGACAGCGAGAUUGAGAUAUCGCACAUGACGAACGGGGCGAAGUUGGCGGUGAUCGACACCGUGUGGGGACACUUCGCUGGUGGGGGCAGCAACACGAAGGAUACGGAUUUCAUCACAGCUCAGAUCAAACAGUUCUUGGAGGAGACAUCAUGAGGGGGCAGGGCGGGGGAGG